CUCCAAGGUUGAUUUAGGUUUGCUCCUCUCCAGGUUUCCACCUGCCUGAUUCAGGCUAAGCGCUAUCGCGCGCGUAAGUCGUCUCUUGCUGUUCGGUAGAUCGCGAAAAGAAGCUCUCGCGCAACGUCGAGUCCUCCUCAGCCUGACUGACCCCGUCUGGGCAACGUCUGAGCUCUACUAAGUAGUAAUUAAUUAACAUCGGCUCCCGUUUCUUACAACGAACCAUCUGAGCGCGAAGUAAAACUCCUAAGGUCCAUGUCCGAUCCGCGUCGAUGAGCCGCCUGAGCGCUAAGUAGUCCUUAGAAAAUCGGCGUCUCCCGAUCCGUACCAGUUACGGGAGGAUCGAUGGGCCGCCGGUAAGGUCGGUGCCCGACCGCGUCCAUGUGCCCGGGAGACUUGGUUUGAAUUGGUUUUUGAGAAUUCUCAAAAGCCAGGAUCGACGAGCCGUCCGUAAGGUCGGUGUCCGACCCGCGUCCAUGAGCCCGGGAGACGUCUGCCUGCACGCCUUGCAGGUCGCGGGCGUGCUGUUGCUCCUCCUCCACGUGUACGGCUGGUCCGUCGCCGCCAUCAAUCGCCUCAAGUCCCUCGAUCGCCUCCGCUCCCGCCGCGCGUCAACCAGCGCAAGACCUCGUCAACGCUCCUCGCGGAGGCUCGGCGCGCAGCGAUCAGGGAACAACCCUAUAAGCUAUGACGAUGGCGAUCUCGAUCUCGAUCUCGGUCCAGUAUCGCGUGCUAGCGCGAAUACUCGUUGUCCGCAUUGGCCGGCAGUGGCGGUGGUGAUGCCGGUGAAAGGGUUCCACGCGCACACGGCAAGCAACUGGGCGACGCACGUCACGGCGGACUACCCGGGCCCGGUGGAGUUCCUCGUUGUCGUUGAGAGCGAAGCGGACGACGCGUAUUCUGAGGCCCUUAAGCUCGCAGCUCGUUUCGACACAGCUUAUAACGGAGAAAACGGACAGAAGACGACUGAUGGUGCGCAAGGCGGGAGGGAAGGCGGGGGGCAGGGGAAGGGAGGACGGGAACAGGGGGAGGAAGGGGGGUCGCCAUGCACAGGGGAGGCGGAAUGUGGAGGGGAGGCUUUGUGUGAAGGGGAGGCGGUGGCCCCAGAUAAACCUGGCAAUGCUCGCCCGCAGCAGGGGGAGGUGCAUCUGAGGAAGGUCCGCGUGGUGGUUGCUGGCACCUCCACCACGUGCAGCCAAAAGAUCCACAACCAGCUAGCCGGCGUCGCUGCCGCCCGGCCGGAGGCCGAGUUUGUCCUUUUCCUGGACGACGACGCACGGAUGUUCCCAGAGGCGAUCAGUUACCUUGUAACAGACCUGCUUUCCAAACCCGAUACAUUCCUUGUAACGGGUUACCCUUUUGACAUCCCCAGCCCAAAAUCACUGUUCUCGUAUGCGGUGCUAGGGUUUCAUCUGGUUCCGCUGGUGAAUUUCUCGUACGAUGCCGUUACGGAGUACAUCUGGGGCGGAUGCAUGAUGCUGCGGUUGGGGGACUUCCGAAGCAACAGGCUCGGCAUGGUGGAUGUGCUUCGGAUGGGGGGGUACUCGGAUGACAUGACGCUGGGGGCUGUGGGCAGCAGCAUCAAGCGCGGUGGCAGCAGCAGCAUUAGUAGGAGCAGCAGUAGUAGGAGCAGCAGCAGCAGUAGAGCCAGCAGCGGCAGCAGCAAGGCGUGCAAAGAGGAAUCUUGGCACGGGUAUGGAAAGGACCGUGAAGAGGCGAACCAGCAGAAAUCUGAAAAGGGAGAGCAGCAGCCGGGCAGCAUUUCCUGUAGGGUCCCACACUGCGCCCAACAUCUAAAGCUCAGCGGCCUCAUGAGUACGAGUAUGGUAACCAGCGCUGCUGCCAGCACAUACACCAAUCUUCCCAUGCUAGCACCCGCCUACGCGCUCCUAGCCCACCCCCUAGACCAGCACUUCACUGCCAUCCAGUUCUGGAGCUACCUGCGGCGGCAGCUGUUUGCGCUCACCACGUACGCGACGCCGCUCAACCGCCGCCUCAACCUCUGGCUGCUGGUGAUGGGCAUGGCGUUCAGCACCGUCAUGGUGGGGUCCAUGGCUGUUUCCCUCGCGUUCCUGGCUCACGACAUGGCCGUUUUGCUGGCGUCUCUAGGGCGGGAUUUGUUUGCCAUCUUCCCGCGCUUGCUCCAGCUGGCUCUUCCUGUCGUUGCUGCUCCUGUCUGCUCGGUACCCGUGAUCAGCACGAUCUGCCAUGCCCUGCCAUCGAGCGUUGCUGCUGCUGCUGCUGCUGCUGCAGUGUCACAGGCUGGCACUCUGUAUGACAGCACUGUGCAAUCCUCAUCACCAUUGGCAGCAGCAGCAACAGCUAACCUCUCUCAACCUUCUGACACGUGUCCUGCAGCAAACAGCUCUCAGAUUUUGGGAUCCACAUGCAGUGUCCCACAUCUGGCCAUAACCAACAGCACGGCGCAUUCGGACCAGUCUAGACUACUCCUUAUCCUUCACCAUCUACCCUCCCAUGCUGUCUUCGAUCUCUCCCUCCCCCUUGGUGUCUCACUGGCACUGCUCCACCUCCUCUCUUUCGCUCUCGCCACUCUCGCCCUUCGCGCAAUGAUUGCCGCGCACAUUCAGACAUGCCGCUUUCUUGACCCAGGGGCUCCGUUCGCCUUGGAUGACGCGGCUUAUAGAGAGGAGGAUGGUGGGGGGGAGCAAUGUGACUAUACAGGGCAGUAUGCACUGUGGCGUGUGUGGGUCGGCUACCUCAUACACAAUGGCAUGUACCCGUUUUGCGCCAUUCUGACAUACUGCAUGCCCUACAUUGACUGGGCAGGUAUACGAUAUAGAAGGCAUCUCGGCCGAAUUUCUAGGGUAUAGGCGUGUUUAUAAGAUUUCGUUUUUCUAAUGUUCACAUGGGUUUGCAUUGCAGGGAACAAUGGAGACUAAUGAAUGAUAGGUAUGCAG